AUGAAGGCGGAGGGGAGCGACAACUCCAUGAUCAACCUGUCCGUGCAGCAGGUUCUGAGCCUCUGGGCCCACGGGACGGUGCUGAGGAACCUCACCGAGAUGUGGUACUGGAUCUUUCUCUGGGCUCUCUUCUCCUCUCUGUUUGUCCAUGGUGCUGCAGGAGUGUUGAUGUUUGUGAUGCUGCAGAGACACAGGCAGGGAAGAGUAAUCUCUGUGAUUGCAGUCAGCAUCGGGUUUCUGGCUUCUGUCACUGGAGCAAUGAUUACUAGUGCAGCAGUAGCUGGCAUCUACAGAGUAGCAGGGAAGAACAUGGCCCCUUUGGAAGCCCUGGUGUGGGGCGUUGGACAGACAGUACUGACAUUAAUCAUCUCUUUUUCAAGGAUCCUUGCUACACUUUGAGGUUUCUGUGGGAAUGUCGUUCUUAACAUAAGGAAACAGAUUCUCUGGAAAUGGCGAUGUUAUAACACAAGUGGAAGUGAAGUUAUCCAAGAACGUGGAAGGAGCAGGUCCGAAGAAAAGACCCUGAGCUGUGUGGGAAGAUUGCCCUCUGGUGUUCAAGUGAUUGCACUACACCACUGCACCUUACGUGCCUCCGUCCCAGGCAAGGCGCAAUACACUAUGUGAAGCUACAAGAAAAAAGCACCUUGUUUAGCUGCCAAUCAGGUUAACACUGGUGUUGAAUCAUCGUUCCUAACAGUGUUGUGUUAAGUUACAGGACAUUCUGAGGAAUUGAUAUAUGUGCCAAACUUUUUUUUUUUAACAUUGAUCAUGUGACAAUUUGCAAGUGUAGAUGUUAGAUGAGUGCUGUGAAUAUAUUUGACAUGAAUUCAGGUAAUGUAGUGAGAGUUUUGUUUUGUAAUGCUAAAUCCCGUAUGAGUGCUGAAAACCCAAUCAUUUAAUAUGAGAUAAAUUAUUUGAUUUUUAAUGUUGAAUGUUUAUGGGAUUUAGGGCUUUAACAUGUUUAAGGCAUUAUUGUUAUUUAUGUUGAAAGUAUACUUAGUGGAAAACUAGCUAAGCCUUUUUAAGGACUUAAAGUAGACCUAUAGGGUACAUCCUUUUCACUCUCUUAAAUAAUACUCUGAAUAGUUUCCCUCCUACAUAAAUAUCCUAUUGAUAGGAACUCAAAAUUUUAUUGGUCUCCCACAUUGGUUGUAGUUUUUGUGUCAUAAACAUAUCAUUUGAAAAUUUCUUAUAAAUUUUUUAAAGAAAGAAGUCUGAAAUGCAUGUUGCAUUCUUUGACCCUCUACAGAAAGAUUUUGCCAUGUAUCUCAUGGAGAAAACCUCUUUAUAACUAUUAUCUCAGUGGGAUUAUUCUACUUGUUGCGUACACCUUAAUUUUUGACAAAAUGUAAGCAAUCUUUCAUUAUGAAGUAUUAAAUAUAUUUAAAGAGUGGCCUAAAUUAGGCUGUGAAAACAAGAAGCCUCAUUUGUAGAUAAGUAACAAGUAAGUUAUAUUAGGAAGAGUAAUAAACUCUCUUACUUUGGAUAUGUGGUAACAUCACAGUAUUGCUAGGUGAAAAUUAGGGAAUAUAGCAAAUUCUAAAAUGCGGCAGUUAAUCUGAGCAUAUCAGUACAGUUCUGACCAUAUAUUGGCGUGCUUGAGUUGUUCAUUUAUUGAUUUAUG